UGCUUUCUUUAUGAUAUUCUGAACUUUGUCCUCUGACAUAUACCUGUCUAUGGGUGAGGCGUUAUCAGCAGCAUAGUAACGAGCCAAGGUGAGCAGAGCUGACACAAUAAGAGCCAAGAAAAAUAGUGGGAAAGGAACGGAUACCUGGACACCUGGAUACCUGGGCAAGUCAAAGGAUUUUCCAGCAAAUUUCAUGACUAACUCAUCCAGAAAACAACUUUAUCAAGGACUGAUGAGCAGAGUAAAGGGAUGUCUGCUGUGUCUGGGCUUUAUCCUUUCCAUAUCAGAGACUGAUGCCUCUUUCAAUGUACAAAAGCAAAUGGACAUGCCAGCACUGGUCUUCCCCAGGGUGGACUCCGGCCUGAAGCGGGAUAAACGGGAAUGGGUUAUUCCUGCAAUCAAUAUACUUGAAAAUGAUAGGGGACCAUUUCCCAAAACAAUUGUCAAGAUUGAAUCAAGCAGGAUAAAGGAAAUCAAAGUUUACUACAGUAUCACUGGACAAGGUGCAGAUCAGGCUCCCGUCGGCAUCUUUGUCAUUGAACGCAAUACUGGAUCGUUAAAUGUUACUGAGCCACUAGACAGAGAAGAAAAGGACAGCUAUCUCCUGAUGGCGUAUGCAGUGUCCGCUGAUGGAGAAAAUGUAGAGGAGCCAAUAGAGAUAAAGAUUAUUGUCACUGAUGCGAACGAUAACAGACCUUAUUUCACACAAGCCAGCUUUACUGGCUCUGUUGCUGAAAAUGUAGCACCAGGUACGUCUGUGAUGACUGUAACAGCUGCAGAUGCUGAUGACCCUAAUACAUAUAAUGCUAUUCUUAACUAUUUUCUGCUGGAUAAGAGCCCUGAUAUGAUGUUUACGAUUAACAGGGAAACAGGACUUAUCAGCACAGUAGCAGCAGGCCUUGACAGAGAGACUGUAGACCAGUACAUCCUGCACAUUAAAGUUGUAGAUUAUGAAGGAAACGGUUAUGAGGCUACAGGAACUGCAACUAUCCUGAUUACUGAUACAAAUGACAAUGCACCCCAGUUUAGGCAUUCUCAGUAUACAGGAUCUGUAGCCGAAGACCUUGUAGGGGCUGUCAUAACACGACUGGAUGUGAUAGACAAGGACCAAGAACGUUCGCCGAACUGGAAUGCAGUCUACAACAUUACAGGUGGGAAUGAAAAUGGCUUGUUCAGUGUGACAACUGAUACCAACACCAAUGAAUGCAUCCUACAGACAGCAAAGGGCUUGGAUUUUGAGACUAAUGCAGAGCAUAUUCUCUCAAUAACUGCCAUUAACGAAGAGUCCUUCAGCGUUACUCUUCACACUUCAACAGCGACAGUUACCAUAACAGUAUUCGAUGAAAAUGAGGCUCCCAUUUUUGAACCUCUGGAGAAGAUUGUGUCCAUCCGCGAGGAUCGGCCAGUGGGAAGUGCAGUGUAUACUUAUACUGCUAGAGAUCCUGAUACACAUCAAACUCAAAUAAUACAGUACCUUAUUGGUAGUGACCCCCUAGGCUGGCUAGAGUGUGACCCUGAUGGAAACAUUCAUACAAAGUUAGAACUGGACAGAGAGCUUCUGCCUAUGGAAAAUAACAAAUAUAAAGCCACAAUCCUGGCAUAUGACAAUGUGAAGAUUCCUGCCGUGGUUGUCCAGCUGGUGUUUUUUCUAUCUGGACAUUCAGUGUGCAUUGGUGGUUUUCUUUUUGUUUGCUGGCUUGUUCUCCAGUGCUUACACAUGGUGGAUGGUAAAUCUGCAUCACCGGUAUUGGAUGUUUCCCAUGAGUUGAAUGAGCGAAUGCGAGAGAAAUGGAAUAAUAUUACUAAAUGCCAUGAAAAUCCACUUCUUAUUAUGUCUUUUGAACAAGGUACUUCUACACAACAACAAGACACUGGUGAGCUUGAGACUUUUCUAAAAUCCUUAGAGAUUUAG